AUUGAAAGAAGACAGAAAUUUUGGCCAUGAAAUGAAAAAUUAUAGUCUUAAGUGCUGAAUGGUUAUGAACAUCAGAAAAUUCAGUAGACAAGCAAGCAGUUGAGAUUGGACUCUCGCGAACUUGAAGGGGAAAGUUUUUAUAGGUUUCAUCCUUCCUGUGGAGCAGAUCUCCAUGUUUAGUAAGCUUCAUAGGAAGGGACAUGAAGCAGAGAGAGAGAGAAAGACAGAGCCUUUUCAUCUUGUUGAUUCCAGCAGGACAGGAGCUUUCUUUCAAGAAAUAGUUUAAAUCCCUCUUGCCUGCCUCUGCCCAUCGCCCUCCCAACCCUGUUUCAGUCGGUGACCGGUUCUUCGCAUUAAAAUGUCAAAAAAAUCCGAAUAAAGUAUUAAAGUUCAGAGUUGGACGAAAAAACCCUUAAAAGCUCUCCAAAAUCCCUUUUGAAUACGUAGACUAUAAGUUACAAUUUUCGACACAGUUUUUCCCAGCAUCCACACACCAUCCUUAGAAAGCCCAAAACCGGAAUGUCGUGCAAAUGUGGAAGCCGUUCGACCAUCCGCGAUGACGUGACCGGCAACCUCGUCUGCUCCGAAUGCUACACCGUCCUCGAUUUCGACAACUACGACGCCCAAAUCGGCGGCAUCAACGGUCCCCAAGGCACCAACAUCUACAUCGGCUACGCAGGUACCGGUUCUCUCUUCAGUUACAAAGACAAGAAAAUCUUUCAAGCCAAAACCUUAAUCCACGAAUACACCUUAAAUCUUAACAUGUCUUAUUCCGAAUCCGACGUUACUUCUAUGAUCAAUGAGAUUACUGAAGGACAAUUCGGUGGAGGUGAUUGGUUUAAUGUUUUAAUCGGUGCUUGUUGUUAUGUUGUUAUGAGGAGAGAUGAUAGGUUUUUGCCCGCUGCGGAGGUGGCGGAGGUUGUUGGUUGUGAUGUUUAUGAAUUAGGUAGGAUGAUUGCUCGUGUGGUUAAAUUUUUGAAUUUGACUUUGCCUGAGGUUAGUAUCGCGGGUUUGUUUGAAAGAGAGUUGAAUAAUUCGAUGAGGAUGGCAAAUAUGGAUGGGGAGAAGAAAGAGAGGAUGAGGAAACAAGGGAUUUUUUUGGUCAAUUGUGCAGUCAAGUGGUUUUUGACCACAGGGAGGAGACCACUGCCCAUAGUGGCGGCAGUGAUGGCGUUUGUGGCAGAGUUGAAUGGGGUAGAGGGUUUUAAGAUUGAGGAUGUAGCGAAGGAGGUUCAUGCCACGGUGGCUACUUGUAAGUUGAGAUAUAAGGAGCUUUUGGAGGCACUUGUCAAGGUUGCACGUAUUGCAUGGGGCCAAGAUGUGACAGUGAAAAAUGUGGUCAAGUAUGCACCAUUUGUGAUUCGAUAUAUGGAGAUGAAGUCCAUGCAAGAACCUGGGGGCGGUGGAAAGGGUGAGAAUUUUGAUUUGGAUGAUGUGGUUAGUGAGUGUUUGCGAAAAGUUGCAGAAUAUGGGGAUGACGAGAAUUAUAUUAAAGGUGAUUCUCAAUAUUUUGAAGGAAGGUAUAGAAGGGAGUUUCCUAGGAUAUAUAAUGACAAUAAUAUAGGUAACCUUAAGCUUUCACAUGAAUGCUUGUCCAUGAUUUAUACAAAUUUUUUGACUGAGGUUGAUGAUGAUAGGUUGGAAGGACAAAGUGGAAAGGUUCAUGGGAGAAAAAAUAGAGGGCUUGAACUUCAUGCAUGUAAGGAUUGGUGGAGUGGGAAAUCGGAAUUAAGUAAAAAGCUUCUUCUUAAGCAAAUUAUGGAGAAAGAAAUAGGUUUGGAUGCGAUGCCACCAUCUUUUAUUGCCGGUUGCAAGGCAAAUGAGAGGAGAAGGAAAAAGAUAAAUGCUGCUAAGGUGCGGAUCAAUAAGAUCAUUGAUCCAUCCAAUUCUGGUUCAGAUGGUAGUAGCAAUCUUUGCUCUUCAGAAGUUGUUUGUGCUGGGAAAAAGAGAAAGAGAAGACAAGCCAGUGAAAUCGACUGGGAAGAUUUUGUUAUUGAAACCCUCCUCCUGCAUCAGGUGAAAGAGGAAGAUAUUGAGAAAGGGCAUUAUAAAGCGUUGCUGGGGUUGCAUGUCUUCAACUCUGGGAUGAAGUGAGAGCUUUCAGUGCAGAAGGCAUAUUUUUGAUUAACUUACAUCCUUGACUGACUGUAUUUUUCUAUAGAGCGCUUUGUCCAAUUUUUUGUUUGAGAUUUUACAGCAACAGAAAGCUUUUUGAUACCAUUGAUGACAAACGGAGAAACGGAAUUUGAAGUCUCUCUCUCUCUCUCUCUCCUUAUACCAAUGAAAAAAUUGAAUCUCUUAUUUUUAUUUU